AUGGUGGAUAUUAUUUUUCAUUAUCCUUUUCUGGGUGCUAUGGGGGAUCAUUCCAAGAAGAAGCCCGGGACGGCCAUGUGCGUGGGCUGCGGGAGUCAGAUCCACGACCAGUUUAUCCUUCGGGUGUCGCCCGACCUCGAGUGGCACGCCGCCUGCCUCAAGUGCGCCGAGUGCAGCCAGUACCUGGACGAGACGUGCACGUGCUUCGUGAGAGACGGGAAAACCUACUGCAAGCGGGACUACGUCAGGCUGUUCGGCAUCAAGUGCGCCCAGUGCCAGGUGGGCUUCAGCAGCAGCGACCUGGUGAUGCGGGCGCGGGACAGCGUGUACCACAUCGAGUGCUUCCGCUGCUCCGUGUGCAGCCGCCAGCUGCUGCCAGGAGAUGAGUUCUCGCUGCGGGAGCACGAGCUGCUCUGCCGAGCCGACCACGGCCUCCUGCUGGAGCGCGCUGCGGCCGGCAGCCCGCGUAGCCCCGGCCCGCUCCCCGGCGCCCGCGGCCUGCAUCUGCCAGACACCGGGUCUGGACGGCAGCCGUCGCUGCGCACGCACGUGCACAAGCAGGCAGAGAAGACAACCAGGGUGCGGACUGUGCUCAACGAGAAGCAGCUGCACACCCUGAGGACCUGCUAUGCCGCUAACCCGCGGCCCGACGCGCUCAUGAAGGAGCAGCUAGUGGAGAUGACUGGCCUGAGCCCACGGGUCAUCCGCGUGUGGUUCCAGAACAAGCGUUGCAAGGACAAGAAGAAGUCCAUUCUCAUGAAGCAGCUACAGCAGCAGCAGCACAGCGACAAGGCGAGCCUCCAGGGACUGACUGGGACGCCCCUGGUGGCGGGCAGCCCCAUCCGCCAUGAGAACGCGGUGCAGGGCAGCGCAGUGGAGGUGCAGACGUACCAGCCGCCUUGGAAAGCGCUCAGCGAGUUCGCACUCCAGAGUGACCUGGACCAGCCCGCUUUUCAACAGCUGGUCUCCUUCUCAGAGUCUGGCUCCCUAGGCAACUCCUCCGGGAGCGACGUGACCUCUCUGUCCUCACAGCUCCCGGACACCCCCAACAGUAUGGUGCCGAGUCCCGUGGAGACGUGA